AUGGCCUACGACAUGUCGAGCGGAUAUGCUCCGCCGAGCACGAGUAAUAUGGAGGAAGAGGAGUCGCUUCCCAUGUUCAACAUAGAGCGCGUAACGCUGCAGUUCAACAUUUCCUCCGACUUUGUCGCUGCCGCUGUUGCCAACAACGUUCUCAUAUUGGCCCUUUCCACCGGGCGCAUACUGCGGAUAGACCUCGAUAGCCCCGCCGACAUAGAUGACAUUGACCUACCGAAGAGACCUUCAGAAGUGGGGGUCAUUCGCCGCCUCUUCCUGGACCCUUCCGCCUCGCACUUGAUCAUCACUACUACGCUCGCUGAGAACUACUAUCUACACACACAAUCACGAACACCAAAGCCACUCUCUCGUCUCAAGGGUGUCGUGAUAGACAGCAUUUGUUGGAAUCCAUCCCAGCCGACAGCAUCGACGCGCGAGAUUCUGGUCGGAGCCUCAGACGGAAAUGUCUAUGAAGUGUACAUUGAGCCCUCGUCUGAAUUCUACCGCAGAGAGGAGCGAUACCUUAAGAGCGUAUACAGGACCAACGAUGGCCCAAUUACUGGUUUGUGGACAGAUAUCAUCCCAGGAAGAGCAGAUCUACGGCGAGUCAUCAUUGCGACACCUUCGACUUUCUUACACUUUGCAGGCAAGCGAGUCGGCGACGGUACACGAGAUUCCGAAUGUAGCCUCGACUGCCCCUUCGCUUCUCGCUGUCUUUAA